AUGAAUUACAAUUAUUAUCGCACACAAAUAGCCAAUUAAAAUGCUAUCCAUUCAAACUCCUAAUCAGUUGGUAAAUUAAAGAAGGGAAUUGUCUUUCAAAAUUACCCCUUUAAUCCAGUCCAGAGCUAUAACUCUAAUAUGUAAGUGCGUCCAUUUACUUCUUAAACUCAGCCUCUAAAAAAACCUUCAACUGCUCAAGUAAUCAAAAUUAAAUAAUAUUAAGUCUAUCCAUCAUGUUCCCAGAGCAACAACUUCACAAACUUAAAGAUAACCAAAUAUGCUGUUUUCUGAGUAAUUAAAUAAUAAUGAGAUGGAGACCAAAUAAAGUAAACGAUAUAUGAAAAUAUACUUUCUCAAAAGUAAUGCACUUGAUAACAUAUUUAGCAAACUAUCGUACUAUUCUUCAUAAUGUAAUGAAUAACAAGCUCAAAGCCCUACCACCUGGAGACAGGAGAAGAUUGUCAGUUCUUAAUAUUGUAUAAGACAAAUUUAAAGAACUUACAAUUUAAGAAAUAAAUUUGCUGAUAUGUCAACAUGCAGUAUCUGAAAAGUUUUACAUUUAUUUUUCAGGUUAAUAAUUAGAUUAUUAUAUUUAGAUUCUGAGUGGAUUCCAUGUAGUAAAUGUUGCUAGACUCCCAUAUAUUUAGUUCUUACUCCAUAAGCUUAAAAAACUGACAUAUUUUGUAGUUAAUGUUCUCGAAAUCUUUAGAAUCCUCCAAGAUCUGCUGCCAUAAGUAACACAAUUUUACCAAAAUCUUCCUUUACUUAAUUUGGACAUUCAUUACAAGAAUAGAAGGAGAGAUAAAAAGUGAGUAGAAUGAUUAUCUCUGGAAAGUAUAGAAAGGUGAAUCUAAAAGAUGUUUAUCAUGAAGUGUAAGAACCAGUUUAACCAGAGGAAUCAUAUAAUUUAGAGUUUCCUGUAAAAGAGAAAUAAUAAGAAAGUACAAUUUUAGAAUUGAAAGACUUAAUUAAUGAAUUAUUCUGA